GAGCGCGCGUUGUACUGCAAGAUGUGGGGAGGUAAAGGGGAUGGCAUAAACUUGAGUUCUGGGGAACGCUCUUUCAAGGCCACGUCGAUGUCGGUGCACAUCCCCAUACAGCCAGGGCCAUUACUUUCAGAACUAGCGAUGUUGUCGACCUGCCAAGAUGGUCUCAUUGACAGGUUCCUCAUCACAGCGAUGAAGCCAGCCUUGCACAAAGCCAAGGUGGUAAGACAAAACUUCAAGGAACUGAAAGAAGACGGCAAGACUGACUUUAUUGUGCCAAUGCGCAAUAUAUAUGAAGAACACAAGGACGGCCAGACAUACAAGCUGGAAGAGGCGGCCAAAGAAUUAUUUGAUGACAUCACAGAUGAAUAUGUGGCAUUGAUCAACCAACAGUAUGAUUCUCAAUCUGGUGAAGAUGAGGCGACACAGUUUCCAUGCACACAAGACGGCGGUUCCCAUGACAACGAACAAGGACACGGUCCACAUAAUGAAAUCAAGCGGCAUCAUUCACGUCAUUGGCCACGUCAUAACCAAAUGGGUAAAUAAGGAAGAGGCAGGAAAUAUCCCCCCAACCAUCAGCAUCCACACAAUCAGAGCAUCACAAUUGUUGUACGGAACAUUGGCUCAACAAAAACAUACGUUUAUGCAGGCACUCUUCAGGGUUGGUAGGUCGGACACCACACACCUGUGGACUAGUAAAACUUUACGUGAAAAGAUAAUGAGAACUAUAUGCAGACGACCAGGACCCUUGACAACAACAACAACAGAGGUGCAAAAAUGUGUACACGGCUCACAGAUUGUUCACCUAAAAGAUGAGAUAGACAAGAUGUCAAAAGACGGUGUCUUCACCUAUAUGACCACGGAGGACAGGUGGAAGACGACGGUGAUCUUCAAGCCCUGGCCUGGUUCUCUUACGGACAAGUCGACUAUUAUAUCUCAAGGGGGGGUCACGAUAGAUGCAUACACUGGAGCUUUCAAUGACACCGUAAAGAUGACACCCAGACUGUCAGGCAUUUGCAUGGAGCAUCACCCGCAUGCCGAUAUGUUGGACACCAUCCUCGACACUCCAACGCAGUCCUCUCAAGACGCCCAAUCGUCUGGGGCAACCAUGCAGCCAUCAGCCGGACCAAGUACAAGUGGAGCAGCAACCGCCAGUGCAUCAGAUACGGACUGAUAACGAUAGGCCGUAUCAGACGAUACCUAUGUCAUUUUAUCAUCUUACAUUCACUAUGUACGUGUUUAGCUGUGUGAUGAUGAUGAUGAAUGUAGUAGGACGAUGUUAAAUUUAGCCUGAUAUUAUAAUGUUUGUAUUGAGCAUGUGUGACGUGGUACAUCAUGGAGGUGUAACUAUAUAUGUUGGGAGGAAAUAAAUAAUAGUUUUGACAAUAGAAUACGUUUCGUGUCAUACUUAUACCAUUUAAAAAUCAACCAACCCACCGCCCCACCAAUCAACUCGGCGACGCACAUUUCUGUGUUUCCCUAUCUUAUAAGAAACACAAAUAUACCACCCGGCAGGUCGAACAUAAUAAUUCAAGUACACGGCCCGACAU